ACGGUCUAUUGGGCCCGUAGGGUGUGAACGAGGUAUUACUCAUAAAGCCUACGCACCAGACGCAAAGGUUACGAUCGUAAAAAAAAAACACUGUUUACACUUCGCAAAAGAUCAUCUUUUGUUGCAGAUGUGUUUAUCGUAAACGCUUUUGUGCAGGGCUUAAGGACAUGUGCUUUAAAGUGUUUGGCUUUGUUUGACUGAGGUUGUUUUGCCAAGUUGUAAGAGUUGCAGAAAAAAAAAACACUCGCUUGGUUUCCCAUUCAAUUGAAGCGUGUCCGUGAAAACAUUGCCCUGGAAAGGGGGGUGCAGGGUUUUGAAUCAACGGAGGCACAUUUCAGUUACACAUCAUAAAUCAAGAAAAGAAAGGAACAUUGGAUACACAUCAUAAAUCAAGAAAAGAAAGGAACAUUGGAUACACAAAAUAAAGGAGACAGAUUUAGCAAGGGCUAAAUGUAUAAAGCAUACAUCGAUUGCACUUCAAAUGUCAAACGAACGCAGAUGAUCGUAAAAAAAGGAAAUAGUUGCAGAAAAUCAUCCCCUUUAAGACUGUUGUCGUACUUGUACGAUGCGUGCCUCCCCCCGCUUUCCCGGGCCUUGUUUUGCCAAUCCCUUCAUGGCUCUAUGACCCCGAAUGAUCACACAGACCGGUGGCACUCAAGCGAGCUGUACGAUUGGCCAAACACGGUCGCUACAGGUCGUUGCAUCUUUUAUAACUCAAUGCCCCAUGAAGUAAUGAUGAUUCCUGCUCUAUGAGGUAAUGAACCAGCCAAUAAGAACUUUUUGUUUAUCAAAACUACACACACACCGAAACGGGUGCCGAGCACACUGCGCCAGUCACGUGACGUCAUAAUGAAGCCGGAUGGAACAACGGAGAGACUACAGCUCCUCUUUGGCGAAGCGCGACAGACACACGCUACCCCGAUCAUGGCUGGCAACAAAGAACUCUACCCCGUUUACGAGAAAAAAAUCGAAAACGAAACCGCAAAUACACCGGAUCGUGCGAAAAAAGAAAAAAAAUCCAAAUACUCGAGAUUUGUGUCAACGUCACUAAUGUUCUUGUUGGAACCGAUUCUCCCGGACGAUGGAGUGAAAGGCGAUGGAAAGAUCGCUAGUGUAAUGUACUUGAUUUGUUUAACGACAGCGGGAGUAGUGUUCAAUUUGUCACAGUGGCUACAGGCGGACGCCAAAGCCGACUCGGGAGUGACUGCCGAUCAUAUCGAUGGAUUCCUCAUCACAUGUAUCUUGCCAGCGUUAUUAUGGAUCUGUUACAUCUUUUGCAAACAAAAUGACCGCAAGACGGUGGACUUUAUCACACCUUCGCCACACUCCCACAGGCCGCUAAUGGCAGGGGCGUAUGUGUUCGGCGCCGGCAGUUGCGUUAUGGACCUUUUACACAUCGCAUUUUACGUCGAGUGCUCGUCGAACUUACCAAGCUUAUUCUUCUCAGUGUUCAAAGCGGUUUUUAUAUUUUCACAAAUCCUCUUCCUGAGGAAGUUCGCUACGGCGACACUACACAAAUCACCUAGCAUCAGACUUGUGUUAUUCCACAUCCUGGGGACAAAUGUUUGUAUUUGGUUUCGAGCGCUGUUCAGUCAUUCUCGGAGUAUCUUUAGCGUGCGCGGCACCACUACACUAGACUCCGCGGCGGAGACUGAGUGCAUCGCUCUUCACUACUCCAUGAGUAAAAUCUGGGAGGCGUCCGAACCGUACUUGUACCCCUUCACCAUGGAGUACUCGUUAAUAGCGGGCGGGAUUCUUUACAACAUGUGGAGCGGUAUGAGAGAUUUAGACCCGGACCCGCAAGACAUCUACAUCUACGAUGAAUUAUCAGACUUUAACACAACCUCGGAUAACCUAAGCGAGAGGCUGGAGAAGUUCGAGGAGGAUCAUGGCUAUGGCACGUGCGAGGCCCACACUCCUUCGCGGGACUCUGUGGCAAGCAGCAGAUUCUUCAGCCGGUUUUCCUUAAACAGGGCGGUGUCGAAUUCCUCCAUUUGCCAGACGUGCGUUGAUAACGGAAUGGUGCGGAACACGUCGGUCCCAAGUUCGGAUCCUGGCCUUCUGGUAGGGCUUCUCUUCUCCACGCUGCUCCUCCUCGCUGUGGGUCUCCUCUGGGUGGACAAACAGUCAAGUAAUGCGCUGAGGUUUUAUUAUCUCUACCAGAUAACUCUCUUAACCUUUAUGUGCAUAUCGUGCUGGGUGAUACUCAAGUGCUUGAUGAAUCAGAAGUUUACGUGGUAUCCGCUAGCCCCCGAUGACACCCUUUUAAUCGCUUCCUUCUCGGGUCUUUUUCUUUACGCGGGACUGUGCUUAACAGCGGGUAUCGCAGAAUACAAAAACAAACAGCUCAUUUCGAGUUUUUCCAUCGCAAAGUCAACUCUAAUUUUAUUCCAAGCGAUGCUUCAAGCUUCUGCCGUCAUUAAGGCUUUGAGGUUCAAACCAAUAGAUGAAAUCGGAGCUAAUGUUAUUCGUCAGGGUGCGUUGUUCUUACUCACUACUAAUUUUGCCCUUUGGGCUCAGGACUCGUUCUUUGAGCUUCGCAAUUUUGCUACAACGCCCGUGCAGACUGUUUUCUAUGGGGAGAAAUCGUGGCGAGCGAUAACCACUUUGGCGUACCCGCUUUGUAUCUUCUUUCGUUUUCAUUCAGCCGCUUGUUUAUUUGAAGUUUGGUCGUCGUUUAGAAUGUGUCGCUAAAUAGAUAGCUUUUUUGUAGAAAACUCGAAAACGCAAUUUUAUGAAUUUAAAAGUAUUUUAUAAUUCUUCUAAUGGAGAAAUUUUCUAAAUCAAAUCGACAAAAAGGAUUUUGGAGGCCUUUACUAAAUCUUUUAACACAAUUUUUAUAAUUGACGUGACGGUAACCUGUUCUAAGGAUAUAAAAUAGUUUUUAAGUAGGUAGGACAAGUACGACAAUUUUUAUUUUAAUGUUUAAAUAUAAAAUUGUCGGAUAAGUAAAUCAACUUAAUAUUUACUUGAUACUUUGAUCCAAUAGGGUGGUAUGGGGUUUAGAAUCUUAGGAGAUAGGAAUAGUGAUUUUUUAUAUUGGCAUUUUUGUCUUGCUAAAAUCGUGUGCAGUAGAUCUUCAUCAGAAACCAAUUGACCAGUUAUUCAAAUGAUUGACGGAAAUAUUGUUAAUCAAACAAACUACAGAAUUUCGACUAAUUCGAGAAGCGAAACUCAAAUGACAUAAGUGACUGUCAACCUAGAGCUCUAACCUAGAACACAUGGCUGGGAACAACCAAGGAAAUCAAGGACUUAGAGUCAGCCUCAAAAUAAACACAGGUAAAUAACUAACAAACAAUCACACAGCUUACAUAAACAACCGAAAUUGUUACACAGACAUUACAGCUACUUUCAAACAAGCGACAUUUCAGUGACAUGAACAUACGACAUUAUAGUGACGUGAACAGUCCACAUGAACAUUCGACAUUAACAUGACAUGACAUGACAGCCUCAAAAUAAACACAGGUAAAUAACUAACAAACAAUCAAACAGCUUACAUAAACAACCGAAAUUGUUACACAGACAUUACAGCUACUUUCAAACAAGCGACAUUUCAGUGACAUGAACAUUCGACAUUAUAGUGACGUGAACAGUCGACACAAAAAUGACAGAAACAUUCGACAUUAACGUGACGUGAACAUUCGACAUUAUAGUGACGUGAACAGUCCACAUAACAGUGACAUGGGCAUUCAACAUAACAGUGAUCUGAACAUUGGACAUGACAGUGAUAUUAGAACUGUCGAAAUGACAAUGGCUUAAAAACAUUCGACAUUACAGUGACUUAAACAUUCGACAUUACAGUGACUUAAACAUUCGACAUUACUGUGACGCGAACAGUCGACAUAACAGUAAAUCGAACAGUCGACAUAACAGCGACUUAUGAACAUUCGACAUUAUAGUGACUUAAACAGUCGACAUAACACUGACAUGAACAUUCGACAUUACAGGAACAUGGACAGUCGACAUUACAAUGACUUAUAAACAUUCGACAUACCAGUAACGUGAACAUUCGACAUUACAGUGACGUGAACAGUCGACAUAACACUGACACGAACAUUCGACAUUACAGGGACAUGAACAGUCGACAUAACAAUGACUUAUAAACAUUCGACAUACCAGUGACGUGAACAUUCGACAUUUUAGUGACUAAACAGUCGACAUAACACUGACAUGAACAUUCGACAUAACAGGGACAUGAACAGUCGACAUUACAGUGACUUAUAAACAUUUGAAAUUACAGUGACUUAAACAUUCGACAUUACUGUGACGCGAACAGUCGACAUAACAGUGACUCGAACAGUCAACACAACAGGGACUUAUGAACAUUCGACAGUACAGUGACAUGAACAGUCGACAUAACAGUGACACGAACAGUCAACAUUACAGUGACUUAUAAACAUUCGACAUUAUAGUGACUUAAACAGUCGACAUAAAACUGACAUGAACAUUCGACAUUACAGGGACAUGAACAGUCGACAUUACAAUGACUUAUAAACAUUCGACAUACCAGUGACUUGAACAUUCGACAUUACAGUGACGUGAACAGUCGACAUAACACUGACAUGAACAUUCGACAUUACAGGGACAUGAACAGUCGACAUUACAAUGACUAAUAAACAUUCGACAUACCAGUGACGUGAGCAUUAGACAUUUUAGUGACUAAAUAAACAGUCGGCAUAACACUGACAUGAACCUUCGACAUAACAGGGACAUGAACAGUCAACAUUACAGUGACUUAUAAACAUUCGACAUUACAAUGACGUGAACAUUCGACAUUUUAGUGACUAAAUAAACAGUCGACAUAACACUGACAUGAACAUUCGACAUUACAGUGACUUAUAAACAUUCGACAUUACAAUGAUGUAAACAUUCGACAUUACAGUGACAUGAACAGGCGACAUUACAGUGACAUGAACAGUCGACAUUACAAUGACGUGAGCAUUCAACAUUUUAGUGACUAAAUAAACAGUCGACAUAACACUGACAUGAACAUUCGACAUUACAGUGACAUGAACAGUCGACAUUACAGUGACCUAUAAACAUUCGACAUUACAAUGACGUGAACAUUCGACAUUUUAGUGACUAAAUAAACAGUCGACAUAACACUGACAUGAACAUUCGACAUUACAGUGACAUGAACAGUCAACAUUACAGUGACUUAUAAACAUUCGACAUUACAAUGACGUGAACAUUCGACAUUUUAGUGACUAAAUAAACAGUCGACAUAACACUGACAUGAACAUUCAACAUAACAGUGACAUGAACAGUCGACAUUACAGUGACUUAUAAACAUUCGACAUUACAAUGAUGUGAACAUUCGACAUUUUAGUGACUAAAUAAACAGUCGACAUAACACUGACAUGAACAUUCGACAUUACAGUGACAUGAACAGUCGACAUUACAGUGACCUAUAAACAUUCGACAUUACAAUGACGUGAACAUUCGACAUUUUAGUGACUAAAUAAACAGUCGACAUAACACUGACAUGAACAUUCGACAUUACAGUGACAUGAACAGUCAACAUUACAGUGACUUAUAAACAUUCGACAUUACAAUGACGUGAACAUUCGACAUUUUAGUGACUAAAUAAACAGUCGACAUAACACUGACAUGAACAUUCGACAUAACAGUGACAUGAACAGUCGACAUUACAGUGACUUAUAAACAUUCGACAUUACAAUGAUGUGAACAUUCGACAUUUUAGUGACUAAAUAAACAGUCGACAUAACACUGACAUGAACAUUCGGCAUAACAGGGAAAUGAACAGUCGACAUUACAAUGACUUAUAAACAUUCAACAUUACAGUGACAUGAACAGUCGACAUUACAGUGACAUGAACAGUCGACAUUACAAUGACUUAUAAACAUUCGACAUUACAAUGACGUGAACAUUCGACAUUUUAGUGACUAAAUAAACAGUCGACAUAACACUGACAUGAACAUUCGACAUUACAGUGACAUGAACAGUCGACAUUACAGUGACUUAUAAACAUUCGACAUUACAAUGAUGUGAACAUUCGACAUUUUAGUGACUAAAUAAACAGUCGACAUAACACUGACAUGAACAUUCGACAUAACAGUGACAUGAACAGUCGACAUAACAGCGACUUAUUAACUGUCGACAUUAUCUAACAUUACAGUAACUUAUUAGUUGAUGAACUUACAUUCUGCAGUUAUUUGCAGAUUGACAUGAAAUACUGACAAAUGCCUUGACAUGACUGACAAACCGACAUCAGAUUAUACAGUAACUUUUAGAAUAUUGCAUGACAGUAAAAUAUACACUAGCUUUGAUGACUCGUUAACUGACAUUAUAUGGUGACUUACGAAAUGACAUUAUAAGUGACUUAUGGACAAGUAUUAUACAUAAACUUGUGAACAGGCAUUUAUACGGUGGCUCAUGGACUGAUAUUAUAUGGUGACUUAUCAACUGACAUUACAGUAUAUGAUGACUUAUCAACUGACAUAAAUUAAAUGAUGACUUAUGAACUGACAUUAUAUGGUGACUUACGAAGUGAUCCGCAACUGACGGACUGACAUUAAACAGCGACUUACGAACUGACAUUAUAUAGUGACUUAUGAACUAUUAUAUGGUGACUUAUGAACUAUUAUAUGGUGACUUAUGAACUGACAUUAUACAGUGACUUAUAAACAUAUAUUAAAUAGUGACUUAUGAACUAACAUUAAUUAAACGAUGACUUGUGAACUGACA